AUGGACAAUUAUCAAAGAAUAAGGGUAGUGGGACGGGGUGCAUUUGGAACGGUGUAUUUGUGUAAACGACUUAUCGAUGGAAAGGCCGUGAUUAUCAAGGAAAUACCUGUCGAGGGUAUGACCAAGAAUGACCGCUUGGCCACCAUGAACGAGGUCCGAAUCCUGGCUCUUUUGGACCAUCCGAACAUUAUUGAAUAUUAUGAGAACUUCAUUCAAGAUCAAGCCAUGAUGAUUGUCAUGGAGUUUGCAGCGGGCGGAACGCUCCAUGACCUCAUUGAGAAGCAAGCCAACGCGGAGGAAUACAUGGAAGAGGCCGAGAUCGCCCAUUUGUUUGCCCAAAUCAUCAUGCCCAUGAAAAUGGUCCACUGUCGGCAGAUCCUUCACCGCGAUCUUAAAACGCAAAAUAUCUUUCUGACCAAAACGAUGGACCACAUCAAAAUCGGCGACUUUGGCAUCAGCAAGAUAUUGACUUCAAAAAGUAAGGCCUUCACCGUGGUGGGCACGCCUUGCUACAUUUCACCCGAACUUUGUGAAGGGAAAGCCUACAACCAGAAGAGCGACGUCUGGGCUCUGGGUUGCAUCUUGUACGAAAUGUGUACGUUAAAGCGCGCUUUCGAAGCGCCAACCCUGCCUGCGUUGGUCUUAAAAAUAAUGCGCGGCAAAUUCAAUCCCAUUCCAAGCCAUUACUCUACUAGUUUGAGGGACUUCUUGGGCUCACUAUUGGCCGUGGACCCCAUUCAGCGUCCAACCCUUGGUAUGCUGAUGGCUCACCCAUGGUUGGCCCCGACGCUUUACCGUAUUCCCACAUCUUUGGGAGCUUUGCCGUGUACUGCAAGACCACCGAGACCCCUGUCCAUGACCAAACCGGACGAUUUCGUGAUCUCUCCACACAUCUUGUCGCCUUUACUUCACAAGAGGAGUACCUCACCUUUCUCCAGAGAACCCAAGAAGUAUGUGGCAAUCUACUCUCAAAUGUGGAACGCCCAUGGACAACUGUCUGGAGAGGACCAGGUGAUGUCAUAUGUUGUUCAGAGCUCCUCUGAAACUGAUGAUGAUGGUGCUGAAGUACGGCAACGUGGAGACUAUGAUUUGGCACAGAGAGGCAUCCUUCAAAGAGUGGAGGUGAUCCAGAUUUUGGCACUAUCCCAAUCGAGGGUUCUUAGUGUUACCUCGGAAGGUCAAGUGCUCGAUUGGAGAGCACACAAGGAUCCUCGUCAUAUAUCAAGAAGUCCGAUCAACCGGAUGGUCUUUCUGGAAGGGCUUAACGACCGAGGGAUUCUCUUCACGGUGGGUAAAGGUGCAUCCGGUUGUUUGGGACAUGGCGACCUUGAGGACGUGAUCCGACCGAAAAUCGUGGAAGCUCUCCUGGGCGACGAAGUGUUGUCCAUCGCCUGUUUGAGCCACAAAAUUGCCAUUCAAACGUCUGAAAGAGAGAUCUUUCUCUGGGGUCAUGAUCUGAGUCUGAUUCCCCAGAGGAUGAAAAUCAACUCUGAUAUUCCAUUAGGAGAUCUAGCCUUGGGUCUAGGGACUAAUUUGAUUUGCUACGGCCAAAAUAAUGCUCUACUUCUCUCCCACAGAGGCUCGAGUCUUCUCCCGAACCAAUACCAAGUGAGAGGAGAGGAAAUGAAGGCCAUUAAGUUCUGGGGAGAUCACUUGGUCCUUCUAAAAUCGAAUGGAAAUGUGUCGAUAUUUCACGCGGACAAGGAACAUCCUCUCAGAUUGGGUGGUGUCGCCAUCGAGAGAAUCGAUGGCCAUGCACAAAGCCCCAUGACGUGUUUGCUUCUACCACAAGAACACAAGGACUUCAUUCUAGCACUUCAAAAAUCGGAACCUCGCCCACGUGAGGGCGGCGAUGAGUUUCGGGUCACCAAAUUGAAGCUAUGCGACAUUUUCAAAGCGGGUCCCAGCAACGUUAAACUCUUCUCGGUCUCGCCCAAUGACUCAGUGGCCUGGCUUUGUGAUUGAGCGAAAAAAAGAUCUAGGACUAGUGUGACAUUCAUAGGAGUAUAAAUACAAAGUGAUAUGAAGAUUGUUAGAGAACAUCAGACCCAUAACGAGAUCGAUGGCGCUUCAUGCAUUUGCUUAGGAACACCUCACGUCUGCCAGAAAAUCAGUCAAGAUUAUAAAAAAUGCAAAAG